UCCUGCCCCGUGUGACGUCAGAGAGCAGGCGGACUGGCUGGUGUGGUAUUCAGGUGUUGGCGGCGCAGGUGUUGGGACAGGGUGGCUGUCGGUCUACAGGAAGAUCCUAGCGAGAAUCAUGGGCGAUACGUCUGCCUCAGCGGGGUUCAAGGCCCUCCUGAUCUUCGGCAAGCUCGUGCUGGCGCUAGCUGGGUUGGCCCUAUUCGCGGUCACCAUCUGGGUGGUGACGGACCCAUACCGAGUCUACCCAGCACUGGGUGCCUCCGGUAAGGAUGAUGUGUUUGCAGGUGCCUGGAUCGCCAUCUUCACUGGCUUCGCCUUCUUCUGCAUCGCCGUCUUCGGGAUAAUCUCCGUGCUGAGUGAGAGCCGCACUAUGAUGAUUACGUACCUAAUCCUAAUGCUGAUUGUCUACAUCUUUGAAUGUGCCUCGUGCAUCACUUCCAUCACCCACAGGGACUACCUGGUCUCCAAUCCCAAGUUCCUCAAAAAACAAAUGCUCCAGUUCUACGGUGAUGAGACUUCAAACCAAGGCCGGGACAUCACUGCCCUCUGGAACCGAGUCAUGCCCAUGGAGAAAUGCUGUGGGUCAGUGGGCCCUGCCGAUUGGGUUAAAUACACAUCAUUCUUCAGGAAAGGGUUCAACGAGACGUAUGCCCCCUGGCCCUUCCAGUGUUGUAAGAGGAAUGCCGAUCUUCAAAUCAUUAACCAAAGAGGUUGUGCUGUUGGUCACAAAGACUUCCUGUACCAAAAGGGCUGCUUUGAAUUUUUCAGCACUGCCAUCAACAGCUAUGCUUGGGCAGUUGCCUGGUAUGGGUUUGCCAUUCUGAUGUGGACGUUUGUUCUCCUGCUACUCAGCAUGUAUUACCUCACCACCCUCUAGACCAUGGACCACAGGAGCAAGACUUCAACCUAUAUGUCAACAACAAUCUCUCCUCCCUCACCACCCUCUAGACCAUGGACCACAGGAGCAAGACUUCAACCUAUCUGUCAACAACAAUCUCUCCUCCUAAAACUACCAAAUUCUAAAGCAGAUGGACCUGAACAAGUCAACCUGGGACUCAAAACCUUCAACCCGUGGGAAAAUUAACCAACCAGGGUGUCCUGUUAUGGAUCUGAUUGGGAAAACUGAAGAGGCAGAAGGUUGUUACCAUCCUCCCAACAAUGCUGUUUCACCAACCUGUUCCUGACCAUUUCUUGCUUCCUGGUCGUAAUUCCAACUUUCUGGAAUCUAUAGUGGGUACCUUGAUCUGUUUGAGGCUCUCCCAAGUGUGGAUGAUGCCAUUCUCCAAGUGUUAUUGUUUGGUUUGGAGGCUCCCAAGCAUGACAAGGCUGCUGCCUUGGAGCUGGCCUUUCCCAAACCUUCCCCUUUCCUCUUCCCUUUUACAGCAGGGGUUCCCAACCUGGAGUCCAUGGACCCUUUGAUAAAUGAUGGGGAUCUAUGGCAUUAAAAAGGUUGCGAACUCCUGUUUAAAGUACAACGCUGACUCUUUAAUGAAGGACUUUCCUUUUCCCUCUUGCCAAGUACUGCCUUCAAAUUGGAUCUUCUGUGGAUUAAACAAAAGCAGUUACAGUGGAAUCAUUAUAUAGCCCUAUGUAAAAUUACCAGUGAUUUUUGUUUGAGAGCAUCUAUGUAUAUGCAAAUAGCCCUAUGCAUACCUUUGGUGAUUAUAUUUAUGUGAAUGAGUCUUUAACUAAAAGAUGGAGUUAAUUGCAUGUAAUAUUUUGUAACCAUUAAAGCAGCUGUCUUUCCUGUU